AUCUUGCAGUUGGAGAGCUUAAACCCCCAAUCUCCGUCAAAUCUUGCUCUUCUGACCUGAGUUGAUUUCUGGGUUUUUUGGCUUCUUUCUACUUUAUGGGUUUCAGAGCUUAGCUUCCACUAAAAGUUCGUUUUUUUCCCUGGAAAGAGCUCUUAAGUUCAUGUUCAUGGCGUCUCUCUCCUUCACCCAAUUCCUAUCAUUCCCCAGAUGCAAUGCAGAUGUUCCUUAUCUCCAGUCACUGGGUUUUGUGAAGUUUCGAGGUGGAAGAUGGAAUGGGAAACAAAGCUUGUUUAUAGCUGCUGGUAGGAAGAAGUUAUCAGAGUCUGCACCUCUUGGAGAUGGAGAAGAAGAAGAUGAAAAUGGUGUAAACGGGGCUGUUGUGGGAAAGAAAUCGGCCAAGAUUCCUAAGAAAAGUGGUGCUCGAACAACGAAGAAGAAGGUGGUAGCUAAGGAUGAACCAUUAGAAGAAAGCUCUGGACUUUUGGUAGAUAAUGAUGGUUCUUCAGACACAAAGACAGCAAGUGCGCCACGAAGAACUAGAAAGAAAGCUGUAGCAGCUUCUGAUGUGGAUGAAGGAAAAACCGAGAAGAAAGUGAGACGAAAGAGGACUUCUAAGAAAGAUAAAGAAACGGAGGAUGGUUUAGGUACUAGUACAAAUGAUGAGGUUAGUGAUGUCGAAGAAUCCUUGACUGUUGAAACCACUGAUGCCGAGAGUGAAGGAGAAGAGAUUGAUCUGAAUAAACAUGAGACUGAAGAUAUUAGUGAAACAUAUGGAUGGCCUCCUCUCGUGUGUUGCUUUGGAUCUGCGCAACAUGCUUUUGUGCCCUCGGGAAGGCCAGCAAACAGGCUUUUAGAUUACGAACGACAAGAACGGAUGAAAGAUGCGAUUUGGUCCCCGGAGAAGUAUAUCCGAGCUCCUGGAGGUUGUGCAGGAGGUGUUGCUAUUGCUCUUGCAAGCUUAGGUGGUAAAGUUGCUUUUAUGGGCAAACUCGGGGAUGAUGAGUUUGGUCAAGCCAUGUUGUAUUACGUGAAUGUGUGCAACGUCCAAACGAGAUCAGUUAAGAUUGAUGGUAAAAGGGGUCACGGCGUGUCAACCAUGAAAAUUAGCAGGGGAGGUCGCUCUUACGUCAUUUUCUAUGACUUAAACCUCCCCUUACCGCUAUGGCAGUCAAGCGAAGAAACCAAGAGUUUCAUACAAGAAGUGUGGGAUCUUGCAGACGUAAUUGAAGUCACGAAACAGGAACUUGAAUUCUUAUGUGGAAUCGAGCCAACUGAAGCGUUCGAUACAAAAAACAAUGACAGCAGUAAGUUUGUCCAUUACGCGCCAGAAACUGUGGAACCGCUUUGGCAUGAAAAUCUCAAGGUCUUGUUUGUGACUAAUGGCACUUCGAAGAUCCAUUACUAUACCAAAGAGCACAAUGGUUCUGUCCUUGGAAUGGAAGAUGCUCCCAUUACUCCUUUUACCAGGGAUAUGUCAGCAUCUGGAGAUGGCAUUGUUGCUGGUCUAAUAAGAAUGCUUACGGUUCAGCCAGAUCUUAUAAGCGAUAAAGGGUACUUGGAACGCACAGCAAGAUACGCAAUUGAGUGUGGGGUUGUUGAUCAAUGGUUGCUGGCACAAACCCGAGGAUAUCCUCCAAAAGAUGACAUGGAAGAAGAAGAUGAUGAUGAUGAAGACGAAGUGGAAUCAGAUCCAAACGGUAUAAGAUCAAUAACAGAAAGGGAAUACCGAACCUCAAAGCCUUAUGAUGAGCCGGAUGGUCCAUAUGUCAUGAAACCAGUAGAGGAAAGGGAAUACCGGAAGCUAGAGCUUGUUGGCUCAAUGAGUGAAGAUGAUGAUAGUUCUUGAUAUUCAAUAAGAAUUGAUUCUUCUAAUUUUGUUAGUCAGCUUUUCCCUGUUCAAAUCUUACAACAUCUCAGUAGAGUGAAAAUUUUCAUAUGUUUA